AUCGAGUGGUGAUGUGACGAAGACGGGUCCUGUGUUACAUACGGCACACACGUCAGCUACAUCCAUGUAUCUUUUUUUUUUCUUUUUUCUGUUUCUAGAUUUUAAUAAUGCUUCCAUCCACAUCCCCGGCCUCGACCUCCACCAACCGUCUUACCCCCACUCCGGGGUCUACUACCGCCAGCGCCUCCACUGAGCCCAGACUCGGCAUCCAGUCAACUUCUGCUGCUGUUGUCAGUGCCUCUGACACUACUCUUGCUGGUGUUACCACGGGGAUACCCGUGGUAACUUCCGGUCCUUUCACUGCCGUAUCCGAGUCGGUGGCUGGACCUCCUCCACCCAAUCAACAGAGUCUCUACAAGCGUGGGCCGUCCUCGUCACACGAUGGCCAAUCCCCAGAGUCAACUGGCUCGUUACCUAGUGCCAGAGACAAUGUCUCGGAUAUACCCCAGGACCAACGCACUAAGAGGCGACGUACUGGCGCUCCCGGAUCUAGAGGCGUUGCCAACCUAACGCCAGAGCAGCUAGCCAAGAAACGAGCCAACGAUCGAGAAGCUCAACGCGCUAUAAGAGAGCGUACUCGGAACCAAAUUGACGGCCUCGAGAAGAGGAUACAGGAAUUAACUGCCCAAAAGCCGUACCAGGAGCUCCAGAAGGUAAUCCGCGAAAAAGAGGCUGCCGAGGCUAAAAUUGUAGAGCUUCAAUCCCAUAUGGCUUCUGUUGUAGCGUUACUGCAACCCUUAUUACCAAAGGGGGAUACAGGAACAAGUACUUUUACCUCUCCUAUUUCGGCAUAUAACUCUAUACAAUCUGCCCAGGAGCAGCAGCAGCAAUUAAAACAGCUUUCAUCUUAUUCUUCUCAUGGUAGGUCGACGCCCGGGGCUGCAUCAACACCACAAUCCGGCGUUGAAUCAUCCCGGUUUGGCCAAAUAGUACAGCCAAGCUCGCAGCCCGAUAUAGAUAGCCAUCAACAUAGAACGCCGAACCUAAACCUAGGUGACGAGCGUAUACGACUCGAUUCUCUUCUUGAUCCUUCACAGCGUCUAAGUAAGAUGCAGACGGGAGCGAACGGAGCUCAGGACUCAUCUGCUUAUCAGCACCUACCGAUGAGACAUGAUUGGAGUGUUGCCAUGCAUUUCGGUCGUGAUAAUGAUAAUUCCACAACUAAUAACGCACCACCCCCAACAUUGACACAGCAAUAUCAGUCUAUUAAAUAUGCACCCGAUCCCCCCAAUUUUCCUCAGGCGUCGUGGUCGAGAGCCAAUAUCCCAAUCAAGCAUACACCAGCCACUUGUCCACUCGAUCACGUCUUAUUAGAUUUCAUGCAAGAACGGCGCCAACGCGCCGCUGAAGGUGUGCCAACAAGAGAGCUGGUAGGACCGGAAUACCCUUCCAUUAUUUCGUUGCUUAAUCCAGUCGAGGGCACGUGGUCCCAUCCAGUAUCUAAGGUCUUUACGGAUAUUCUGGCCACAUUUCCUGGAAUUUGCACAGUGCCUGAGAAAGUGGCUGUCUUAUAUGUCAUGUUCGUGAUCAUGCGGUGGCACAUUAGCCCGACUGAAGACAAUUUUAAACUUAUACCGGAAUUUGCACGGCCGUUGGAGGUCCAAUACACCAUCCCACACCCUGCCUGGCUCGACUAUCUCCCCUUUCCUGGCCUACGCGAACUGUUCAUCCGUAACUACACUUCGCCUAAGUUCCAGCUCGACGAAAUCUUCGUGUCUUACACGAUGACGAUAUCCCUUAAUUGGCCGUACGAAGAAACCGACGCCCUCAUAGUGACCCCCGACGGCAGCGAGACCAUUAUCAAUCCUGUUUUCUUGCGCCAUCUGCACCGAAUAGAUAAUUGGACCCUCGGCGACGCGUUCGAUCAGACUUGUCCGGAGGCUCGCGGCACAUAUAAUAUCAAAAGCGACGGGAGUUCGCUGAAUCAGAACCAAACUCAGACUCAGAACGAGACUCAGGGCAGAGUCUCUGAGUCGAAUUGGCGCUAGAAAUCCCGAGUCAAAUUAGCAUGAGACACGAUAGAACAAUUGAGAUAAAGAAGUUUUAAUGAGGAUUUGUCUUUUGAUUGU